AAUUUCCUUUGACUCGCAUAUGAAAAUGUCGGAUUCACAAAAUAUAAUAGACGAAGGCACACAUACAUUACAUGAAACAAAAUUAUGUAUAAAAUUGACAAAUAAAGGGAUGUUUAUCAAUGGCAGCUGGAACAACGAGAAACUGCUCGCCUUACUCAAGGAUAAACUUGUACAACGUGAUAAAAUUAAAUCAUUUGAUAAAUCACUACAGUUUAUUAUUCAUAGUGGAAUAUACAGCGAAUAUGUCUUACUAGAACUAGAAAGAAAAGGCAUGUCGCCACACAGAAUCAUGAAGGCAAUCAAAUAUGGUCUUCUUAAUCUCACUUCUGAAGAACAGAAAUAUUUUCAAGAUUUUGAAACAGAAGUGCAAGAUACAUGGACAAAGGAAAAACUUGAUGAGAAAUUAAUUUCGAAUUUGAUCGCUACUGGAUUAACUGAAGAUCAAUGUUGGAAUAUUAUUAUGUGUGGAUUGGUGUCUCAAGAUGAAAAUAUAUUAUAUCGACUUUUAUUGAAUGGCAUUGAUGUCCCAGGAAUUUUGAGCUGGCCGGGGGAAUCAAAACCAGUUACACCAACAAUGAUUCGUUUCUUAAAAAAGCUUGGAAUAGACGAAGAUGUUCUUUCUUAUGUAAAGGAGAAUGGUAUCGAUGAUGAAAUUGAAGAUAUGCUAAUUGAUCUCGGAUAUAAUGAAUACAAAGAAAAGGAAGAUUCAGAAGAAGUAUUGUGUGAAUGCAAUCUAACUAUAUUGGAAUCGCAUUCUACUCUCCUGGAAGCACAAACAGCAUCUGAUAUUGCACCCUGUCCUUUGUUAAAGUCAUUUUCUUCUUGUAUUUUAAAUAAAGUAGCUCCUUUAUCGAAUGUUUCUACCUGUACACAGCAUCAUUUUGCCGCUUGCAUCUGUUAUUUGAAUUUAUUGCCAAAAGAAAAGGAUGAUGAAAAUUUGAAGAGAAAUGAUUAUUUAAGACAAAAUGUAAUGGUGCCAUUAUCAUGGGCAAUAAGUAGAGCUUUAAGAUAUGCGCCUUCAGAUCCUAUUCAUUAUAUAGCUCAUCAAUUAUUACGUUGGAAGUAUGGUAAUGUUCCAGAAGAAGAAGUACAUAAUGCUCAUCAGUUUAUUACUUCUGUUAUAAUAAUAAUGGAUCAAAGACUUAUGGUAAAAAAAAAGAUGACAUUAAUAAUGAAAUGUAUCAAUAUAAUUUUGUUCAUAUAAGAAAGAUCGACUUUAGUUCAUUACAAUUGUAAUAUUAAUUAGGAAAAACGUAAGCGCGAAGAAGAAGAAGCCGUUAGACGUUUAAAUGAAGCUGCUAUGAAAGAUAUUAUUUGCGAUGUGUGUUUAGAGCGACAAAAAUUGUAUCGCAUUAAAGAGCGUUGUUGGAAAUGUACAAGAGUGCCAAUAUCGCGAGCAAAAUAAAUUAAAAAAAAGCGAUAUGAAUGAAUAGCGAAAAAAAAUAAAGCUUUUGCAAGCUUUAAAAAUUGUUAAUAAAUAAUUAUAUAAUAAUUCUCCUAAAAGUCACUAAAGAAGACAAUGUAAAUUUUUUUAAAAAAUUCGUUUAUUUCGUAUUUGGACUUGUACAUUUAUCGCAAGUUUAUCAGAACAAUAUUUCAAUGUGCGAAGAUCGCACGAGAGUAUUACGUGGAACGGAAUGGACUGAAUGUCUGGCAUCACAAUAAAAGAUAUUCAUAAUACAUUCUGGCAGUGAUUGGUAUUGUAAGUUCAUUGGUACAAGAAGGUACUAAAUGCACUUUCUGAUUCAUUUAAUCUUAAUCUUAAUGUGUACUCGACCAAACGUUUUUAACGCAUCUACGACAAUGGUACAUGAGAAAUGUGUGCUAUACGACUUAUCUUAAAAUAAAAAUACCCUAAAAUGUAAGAUACGUAUAUAUCAGUCGCCUAAAAAUUUGUUACUAAUACAGCAAAAAAAUUCAUGACUCUUCCACAGCUCUCUUUUAUCACUUUAUAAUACAGAAUUCAUUAAAAUUAAUAUUAUUUAAUAAUAGAUUCUAUCUAUAUAAUUAUAUAAAAAAAAUCUAUGAUUAUAAUAGAUUAUAAAAUAUAAAAAUAAAAUUAAUAUAAAAUUAUAUAAAAUUAUUAUAAUAAAAAUAAAAUGAUAUACGUAUCUUCCCUCUAUCUAUAAGUGACAUUUUACAUUAAAAUAAAAUAAAAUAAAAAAAAAAUAAAAAAAUAAAAAAAAUCAUUAAAUAA